AUAUAAAAAUACUUAGUAUGACAUUAUAUGAUAUAUAGAUAUAUCUGUUGAGCGAUUACAUGGCCACAGGGUUCCUAAUCUGCCAUGGGGAGACUGUCUGGGCUGCAGGCAGUCUCCCCACAACGGGAGCUCUGGCGAUCGGGUAAGUAUAUCUGACCGUUAGGACGGUUCAGGACCGUCACCGAUCGGCAACGCAAAAAUGCAGAUGACGGUCCUGAACAACCGUCCUCGGUCGUUAAGGGGUUAAUCCCACCCAAAAUUAGUAGUUUGUCCAAUCACAGACUAUCUAAUACAGCUCAAUGAGAAGUAUUUGCAAGGCGGGUGCUCUGAGUUAUUGCGGUCUCUUAAGUUAAGCUGCAUUGCGCUAACAAAACCAGGAAGUAAUGGGACCUGUUGUCGUCUUGAAAGCCAAGGGGGUGUUACCAGGUAAAAAAAAUUUAAAGUGUCAAUUUCUAUUGAAAUCUGCACUUUUUGCAAAAUGAAAAAGAGGACACACUCUUCACAUACAAAAGCUUUUUAGCAAGCUAAAGUGUCUUAGAAGUCUGGAGUGUCCAUUUAAAGUGAGAUUGCUGCAGAAAUUUGUACAUUACUUAAAGGGAUAGUAAUAAUAUAUUUUUGGACCCCUCGAUGCCAUGGCACACUUGUCAAGGCUGAAUUUAAAUUCACACGGCUAAAUUCUCACUUGCCAGUGGUAGAGUGGACGCUUGGAGUCUUGCCUUAAUGCAGUUUAUUUCUAGGACAUUGAAAUGCCCUAUGACAUGGGAAGGACUUUAACAGCUUUGAUCACUCGCUCUUCCCCACUCUUUCCUAUAGGCUUCUCCAGAGGAGGCUGGUACAGCAUCUUGUUUACAUAGUAUUGGCCUGGACUCUAGCAACGUACAAGGAGGGGUUGAGUAUCCUGCAGCUUCAGAAACUGAGUUUGGCGCACAAGGAGGACGAUGUCUUUUUCCGGUUUCACCUAAGUAAGUUUGUUUUUUGAUGUCCUGUCUUAACUUAACGACACACUGGUUUCGCUAAUAUGAUCAUAACCGGAAAAAUUGCACUUUGCAGGGUACACACCAGGGAUAUUUAGGGAGAAGAUCCCCCAGAUAUUUCAAAUCUUAAAUUUCCAUAAUGUUUUACCAGCCAUAGGGUUGGCAAAGCAUUAUAGUAGUUGUGGUUGUGCAACAGUUGAGAAUGUAAUUGAAGGAAUGAUCAAGCCUUUCACUCACCUUUUUUGUUUGUUUUGUUUAGGCCUGGAGACAUGUCUGUGCAGAACACAGAGAAAAACCAACCCAGCACUUUAGGCAAGUCUAAAAUUUAGUAAAAUAGAAAAAAUACAUCUAGGCAAAAAUUACUUUUUCAUCCAAAUGUCACAUAUGCUAUUCAGUUAGACUCUGUUUAGAGGGUGUGCUUCAAAAUGUGUUCACAAUGAUCUUGUGCAAUGUGUUUUUCCUCUCGUAUAGUGGCAGUAAUCUACAAGUGGGACGUAACUCCUGCUGUGGAAAGAAGCUCCCCCUCAAAUUUAAAUAUUUUGAGAGAUACCCGCCUGCUGCCCAUAAAAACCCUGUACCUCCAAGGAAACACCAGUUCCUCUUGUCCCGGCAAUGGGAUGGACCAGGCUCCACCAAGCUCUACAAGACCAGGCAGAGAUUGGUGCAGUCAGCACAGGCUGCUGACCGGGGAGGUGAGUGCCCCCGAUAGCUCCCAAGGUGUGAGCUGAGUGGCAGAGACUUCCAUUCCGUUGCCCUACGGAACGCGUCUGAAAGGCGGCUUAUGUGGCAACAUCCUGGGAGGUCCCGGGGGACCACCCACCUUACAGCACUUAUGCAUGCACGCCCGGGAGGUGUUGCGUCCCACUUAACUUCUGAUCGCGCUACUGUUUCUUAAUUUGGCGCUAAAUUCUAAAUGUUUUUAGCUGUAAAUGCUGUGCAGGACUUGUCUGUCCCCAAGGGUAGGUGCCAGUACAGGUUCUCUGUUUCACCAGUCCUCCUACACGGUGGUGAGGUUUUGGAGGUGAGAAUUUAAAUUAAUUUAAAUCUCCCUUGAAAACUAACACUUGUUUGCAUGCCUUCUAAUUCCAGUAUUCUUCUAGUCCAGUCCUAGUUCACUGGAUACAGCUGAAAAAGAUAAGAUGUCAGCUCCUAUCCCUAAAAAGUCCACAAGCAAAUCAAAGCACUUGUGUUGUUUAGAAUGUGCGGUCUCUCUGACUGACUGUCGUAAGAAAACCUGUAAUCAAUGCUCGACGGAAUUGCUGGAAAGAUCCAAGCAAAAAGAAAUGUCCUCAUUCCUGGGCUGGUUUCAGGAGAAUAUAUCACAGACCUUCGAGUCAUUUAAAGAUACCAUUAAAAAAAGACAGCGGGUCUGCUGUUACUGUUCAGGACAGACAGACAAAAAAAACGAAGGAGAGAAAGAUCCCCAUCCCUGUCUGAGCGCUCAUCAGGUGAAUGUUCAUCACCUUCCCGUCUGGCUUCAAGUGUGGAUGAAGGAUUUCCACCAGAAGAAAUCAAAAAGUUUAUCAGGGAAGUAUCGACAGUUCUUCGGGAAAAUGAACCUACCAGGGGUAAGGUAAAAGGAUUUCCUAUGCACCCAAGGGUUAUGGGACUCCUACAGAGAGAGUGGAGGAACCUGGAAAGAUGUGCUUUUAUUUCUAAGCACUUCAAACUAUUUUUUUUUAAGCUACAGACUGAGCAAAAAUGGGGAGACCUUCCAAAAGUCGAUAUCCAAGUGGCGCAAUUAUCACGGAGAUCUCUAUUGGUGAGGUUUCUGGUUUAAAAGAUCCCAUGGACAAGCGGGCCGAAACUUCUAGAAGAAGAAUAUUUCAGGCUGCAGGUUACCAAUGCAAAGCCAGAAUCUCUGGUUCAGCAGUGCUUAAAGCCCAGAGUAUGUGGCUUCAAGCCCUAGAAGAAUCCCUUAUGAGGAAAUCAGAAAAAGACCUGGCUCAGCUGUUGUUUCUUCUGAAACUUUCUAUCAGAUGCCUCUGAUGAGAUGCUUAGAUUAUCUGAUAAUGGGUUUGUCCUCUGUGAUCAGAAGAGCCUUAUGGCUCAGAACUUGGACUGCAGAUUCAUCUUCUAAGUCUGCUUUAUGUGAACUACCUUUCGAGAGGAACAAGUUAUUUGGCACCCCUCUGGAAGAUAUAAUAAGACCGAUGUCUGAAACCAAAAAAGCAUUGCCUCAGAAUUCCAGAUAUUCAGGACCUCAAAACUAUAAAAGAUCUCAGUUUAGAGGACAACGUUCCUUUCGUUACCAGGAGAGAUUCCGCAAACAGAACAGAUACACCAAAAUAGUGGGAGGUUGUCUUUGUUUUUUAUUUAUUUUUCUCAUAUAUGGAAAGAGACGACAUCAAACUAUUGGAUUCUAAAGACUACUUCAGAGGGAUAGAGAAUCCACUUUUCUACAGUGCCAAAGCCAUCUUUUCUUCUUUCAAAGUACUCAUCACAAAAGAAAUCAGAGGCCCUCCUAGUAGAAAUCCUACUCCUUUUACGCAAGGGCAAUCUAGAGAAAGUACCCAGAUACUAGUACUUUCAGGGGGUUUACUCUCGCCUGUAUUUAGUUCAGAAACCAGACAAAUCCUUCCGUCCUAUCCUAGACCUCAAGGAUGUCAACGCAUGUAUACUUUAUAAGAGAUUCCGUAUGGAAAAUAUAUUGUCAGUAACGCACAUCCUGCAGAAGGGAGAAUUCAUGGCAAAGUUAGAUUGGAAGGAUGCCUACCUCCAUGCUCCAAUGUCUGUAUUUUCUCUGACGUUUCUAAGGUUUGCAAUACUAGCAGGGAAAAGAAAGAUUCUUCAUUUUCAGUUCAAAGCCCUUCCGUUCCGCCUUUCAUGAGCCCCUCGUAUCUUUACAAAGAUCCUAGCUCCUAUAGCGGCAACCUUACGAUUUAAGAGGUGUAACAAUAGUUCCUUACUUGGACGAUUGGCUCUUAAAAGCAGAAUCAGAACAUCUUUUAAGGUUAAACCUCAAGAUCACCAGAAGGGUUUUAGAAGAUCACGGUUGGCCUUUAAACAUACAAAAAUCUCAGAUUAUUCCUUCAAGGAUGGAAUUCCUGGGUCUUCUGGUGGAUUCAAGGUCUCUCUCCCUUUUUCUUCCUAUUUCAAAACAAAUAAGAAUUUGCAGGGCCAUUUCAAAAUUACAAAAGAAUGUUUGCUCCAUCAGACAGUCCAUGAGUGUCCUGGGGCUUCUCACCUCCGCAAUCCCAGAAGUUGGUUGGGCAAAAGCAGAAAUAAGACUUAUACAAUGGUAUAUGAAGAAAAAAGGAAGAUUUGGAUUCCGUAUUUCGCCUACCAAAAAAGUAAGAAAACCAAUAAAUUGGUGGAAAAAUACACUUUCCAGAGGCCUUUCAUUCGAACAGAAAAGAUGGAUUACCAUCACAAAAGAUGCCUCCCAAACUGGUAGCGGUGCCCAUCUAGGUUCACAGUUCAUUCAGAGAAAAUAGACUUUGAAAGAAGCAAAAUAAUCAUCCAACUUCAGAGAGAUGAAGGCAGUAAUGAAUGCUCUGAAAGCUUUGUCCUGUUAUCUCCGACCAAGCUGUAAGGAUUCAGUCCGACAAUGCCACCACAGUGGCUUAUUUAAACUGUCAGGAUCUGUGCUGCCAUAUGUCUUGGGCACAGUCUAUGAUAAACUCACUCUCAGCAACUCUUAUCAGAGGUGCUCUGAACGUCAUCGCAGACUACCUCAGCAGACAACAUUGGUCUCAAACAGACUGGUCUCUAAAACCCCAGAUGUUCUCAGAAUUGGUAAUACGAUUCGGCUUACGAGACAUCGAUCUUAUGGCCACAGGAAAGUCCCAACCUUUGCUUCUAUCCAGGCACAGUAUUUUCCAGACUUCCUAGACGGCCUUUCCCUAACCUGGAACUUCAACAUGGGAUACGUUUUCCCUCCAAUAGCCUUGAUGCCAAGGAUUAUUCAAAAAACCAGAUGGGACAAAGCAAGGGUUCUGGCCAAAUGGAAGCUGAUUUUCCGAAAUGGAACGUAUGACUAUUUCACGCUGGGUUCUCCCAAUUUCAGACAACUUCAGAGCAUGUGAAUCUUUCAGUAGAGACCCUGGAAAUGUUCCACCUGAUGGCAUGGCUGCUGCAAGGAUGAUCCGUGAGCAAGGGCUUUCAGACAGUUUGAGUGACGUUAUUCUGGCAUCAGUCAGUUUAUCUACUUCUAAAAUAGAUCUCAGGAUUUGGAUAACUUUCUGGAACUGGUGUACUCGGAAAGGCUGCAAUCCAGAUAAUCAAUCUAUCCCUGAUAUUUUGACUUUUUUUGCAGGAUGGGUUUCUAGUUGCUCUAGGUGUUUCAACACUCAAGAUCCAAAUUUCAGCAGAGUCACUUCCUUGUGUGUAAUAUAGCUUCUAACAUUCUUAUCCGCAAAUAUUUCAAGUCCAUCUUACUGAAACAACCUCCAAGUUUUUGCCUUUUCUUACCUGGGAUUUGUCUUUAGUCCUUCAGGCUCUUUGUGAACCUCCAUUUGAACCUUUGCAGGAUGUUUCCCUAAAGCGGCUUUCAAUCAAGACUGUCUUCUUGGUGGCCAUCACUUCCGCAAGGAGGAUAGGAGAACUACAGGCUCUUUCUUCAGCUUCUGAGAUUACCAUCUUCCACCAAGACAAAGUGGUCUUGCAUCCCAGACAUUCCUUUUUACCUAAGGUUAUUUCAAAGAACUCUAUGAGCCAGCCUAUUACUUUGCAUUCCUUCUGCCAGUCUCCAUCUUCGGAGCUUGAAAGAAAGUUUAAUUUCCUAAAUGGUAGAAAAGCAUUGAAAAUCUAUCCUCAGAGAUUCCAACGCUUUUCUAGCUUUAGGAUCUCACAUAAUCUCUUCGUCACUUUUCAAGGCUCUUGUAAAGGUAGAAGAGCCUCCAGACCUACUAUCGCCAGGUGCCUAACGGAAGCCAUUAAACUGGUUUAUGAAACCCGAGGUGUUCCCAUCAAAUUUCCAUUGAAGGUCCAUUCCACGAGGGCGAUGGCAACUUCCUGGGCAGAAAGAUCUGCAGCUUCUCCAGAAGACAUCUGUAAGGCGGCUACUUGGUCUUCAUUCCACACCUUUAUAAAGCAUUAUAGGCUGGACAUAUUUUCAUCCUCUGAAGCUGCUUUUGGGCGGAAGGUGCUCCAGGCAGUGGCCUUCUAAUUCCCCCCCCCUUUUUUGUUCCAGGGAUCUUGCUACAUCCCACCUGUACAGUACUGUCACUAUACGAGAGGAAAAACCGUAAUUUUACUUACGGUAAAUUCCUUUUACCUUAGUAUAGUGGCAGUACUGAUGUUCCCUCCUCUUUAUGUAUGGAUUAAAUUAAUUAUGCAGUCUACAGUCUCUUCUUGGUUCUUUUUAUAACUGGUGUUUCCUUGGAGGUACAGGGUUUAUAUGGGCAGCAGGCCGGGUCUCUCUUAAAACAUUCAAAUUUGAGGGGGAGCUUCUUGUCCACAGCAGGAGUUACAUCCCACUUGUACAGUACUGCCACUAUACUAAGGAAAAAGGAAUUUACGGUAAGUAAAAUUAGUGUUUUCUGUGCAACUAAUACUUUUCUUUGAUAGAGCGCGCACAGCCGCUUUUAGGAGAUGCACUCGUGAAAAACUCGAUCAGUGGCUACAACAGAUUUUGGAACUUUCAUUCACGUAUUUGUGAAGAAGUCAUUUGCUCCAUUGAUACAAAAAGCUAUCUUAUUACAUUUUACUCGCCUACUUUAUACAUCCUUUUGCUUGUAAUAAAACACCAAAAAAUCAUUUUAAUAUAAAGUCUGUUACAGGGUAUUAGAAAUAUUUUUGUUUUCCCAUUGGUCAACACUUUUUCUCCCCCCCAUCUUUCAUUAGAUUUGGUUCCAGGUUCAUCCUCUAAUGUGCCAUUUACCGUAUUUGAUGAAUCCUGCCAUAUACCGCCCAAUGUGUAAGUCGUGGCUCUGCAAAAGUUUAUUUAUUUAUUUAUUUAUUUGUCUACACCUUUUUUGGUCUUGUUUCUAACCGUCUGUUACAUGUGUUUAGGACUGGAGUCUGGUCUGUGUCAAAUGGUCAGAAAAACCAAACUGUAUCUUUAGGUAAGUUUAAAAAAAAAUUAAAAACUACACAUGGAACUAUUUUAUUUUAAGUAUAAUAUUUACCCUCCAGACUAGAGACAGUGCUCAAAAAGUAUAUCCACCAUGUCUUGGCAGGAAAAGGCAGAUGGCAAACUAGGAAUGUAAAAGUUAAGCUCCUCCUACCAAGGUAUAAUACCCCCAAAGAAAUGCAGAAACCCCUGAAACUACACAAACCACGAAAUAAGUGCUCCGAAUUUUAUGUUUUACUUUACUUAGGCUGUUUUUGCAUCCUAAAUUUUCAAUCUUUCGGGUUCUAGUUCAAUGGUAGAUUUAUAGAAUUGUAGAUUUAUUCAUGGGAAAAAAACAUGCCUGCCUUGCUGUGGUUACUUUCAAUUACUUGUUUUGUGAAGUUAUUUGCUGCAUUAAUAUCUACAAUAUUUUAAAUUCCAAUUGUAUCAAGGAAAAACAACCUAAUUCAGUUAUGAGGAGUCACACUUGCAUUCAAUGUCAAGUGAUUUGCAUAGACAGCUUGCUUUUAUAAUGUUUGAUAUAAGCUGUCCAUUUAAUAAAUAACGGUUUUCUUUUAUUUCCAUUUAGAUUAUGUAAUAACCUUUUAAUGAUCAAUCAUUUCUAGCACCUGUUGAUUUUGCAAUUAAAGGGACACUAUAUAGUCAUCAGAACAACUACAUCUUAAUGUAUCUGUUCUGGUGAGUAUAAUCAUUCCCUUCAGGCAUUUCAAUGCAAACACAGUCUUUUCAGUGAAAAGGCAGUGUUUACACUGCCCCCUAGCGACACCUCCUGUGGCCACUCCUCAGAUGGCCACGGGAGGUGUUUCCUGGUGCAGUGCUGCCAAUCUGCAUCUCCACACUCUUCAUGGACAUGCUGAAUUUUCCUCAUAGAGAUUCAUUGAUUCACUGCAUCUCUGAGGAGGUGCUGAUUGGCCAAACCAUAGAUAAAGCAUUGGAUUGGCUAAAAAUAAAUCCUGAUGAUGUUACGAAAGAGGCAGAUCGGGAGUGGGUCCAGCAUCGGCGGACCCAUGCAGCGCUGGAACUAAGGUACGUUUUAACCCCUUCAAGAGGGGGCAAGCCACCUAAAUGGUGGUUUAAACACUAUAGGUGCAGCAAUACAUGUCUGUGUUCCUGACCCUAUAGUGUUCCUUUUUAUGUCUUGCCAAAAAAGAAAAAAUAGCUCAGGUAAAAGCUGCAGCCUGGUUAAAAAACAAAAUAGAAAAAAAUCAAAUCUUCUAGUUUCUUGAACAGCAUUUUUUUGUCUUGUUAAUUAACAUCUUUUAUUUUCCAUUUUUCACUAGCUUUGGCUCAAACGUCGUCCACUAAUGUACCAUUUGCCAUAUUUGACGAAUCAUGUCACAUACAGCCCAAUACGUAAGUCAUUGGUCUACAAAUUAUGUUUUAUUGCUAUGACUAGCACACUCAGAUUUUAACCUCUUUCUUUUUGGGUAAUUUUUCUAAAUAAAUUGUAGAGUUUGAAAUUGUCAAGUUUCAAAUUGUCCCUGACUCACUCGCGCUCGCUCUCUCUCUCGUUUUGUUUUUAGGACUGGAGUCUUGUCUGUGCCAACUGAACAGCAAAACCAAUCUGUCUCUAUAGGUAAAUGAAAAUCCAGAAUUAUUUUCAUGUAUAAUAUGUUAUAUAUUUAGUGCAUUAGAUAAUGACUGCUUGGUGGAGACAUAGUUGAAAUGGUUAUGAUGCCUACUGUAUCCCUACAAGCCCCCUCCUUUUUUCUGUAACGACGAAAAGGAAUUGGAUGCACACCCAGCACAUGCAUCUUGUAGGUAUGGUGCUGCCGUAGUGAUCAGUAUGGAAAUAAGAUGAUAAAUUGUGCCAAAUAUGCAUCUGUAGCUUUAUUCAUGAAAACCUAAAUUGGCAAACCAAUAUUAACCCAACAUUGGCUUACAGAGAACUUUCAUUAUAGUGACACUAUAGUCAUUAGAACAACUACUGCUUAAUGUAGUUGUUCUGGUGAGUAUAAUCAUUGCCUUCAGGCAUUUUAUGCAAACGAUGCCUUUUCAGAGAAAAGGCAGUGUUUACAUUGCCCCUAGGGACACCUCCAAGUAGCCACUCCUCAGCCUCUGGAGGUGCUUCCUGGCUCAGUGCUGCACAGUGAGCAGUAGUGCCAGUCAGCGCCUCCACGCUCUGCAUGGGGAUGCUGAAUUUUCCUUGUAGAGAUGCAUUGAACUCCCCCCCCCAUGAAUUCUGAUGUCACCCAUGAGGCGGUGCUGGAAUUAAGGUAAGUUUUCAUUCCUUUGGGGGAGGGGUGUGGGGCGGGGCGGCCAACUACAUGGUGGAUUAAACACCAUAGGGUCAGGAAUACAGGUUUGUGUUCGUGACCUUAGGGUCCCUUUAAUAUUUUUCCCACGAAGGAGCAUUCUUACACCCAUUGAAUUACAUUGCCAUAGACCCUAUGACAUCGCUGCGUUUGACUCUUUGGUGAUAAAGGUUAACUGUGAUUUAUAUUUAGUUGGCAAACAUUUAUUUUUACCUUUAAAACAAACACCAUUAAACUAGUAUCUAGGCAACCCUGGUAACUGGCCCAAGCUUGCCAAAUUUCACUUUAGCACCCCUGAACGGACACAGGGGCUACCUGGUGUGUAUUGGUAAGCAGGGGUCCUACAUUUUCUUGUAGAGACUGAUCAUCAAUUGGCAAACAGUGACACUUUCCUGGUGUACCUAUGGCAAUUACUGGCAAGCGAAGGCUACCUUCCUGGGCUUCCUGGUUGCUUGCUUGUUUGCAAUAUUGGCACCGUUUCCUUAGCGGGUCCUACGUGUUAUCUGCAAGUAACUGGCCUCCUUUCCAGGAUGCCUGGAUGUUUGCUGAGCAGGGGCCACUUUGGCUUGCCUGAGUGGCUAUUGGAGAAAAGGGGCCAGUUUAACAGGUUACCUGGGUGCCUGUUUCUUAGGCAAGUUGUAAGAUAUGCCCCAACCUAUUUGCUGGAAUACUAGUUAGGCAAAAUCCUUUUUUUCUUUUUUAAAGCUAAAAUAGCUAUUUGCUUAGGCAAAGGUUUAGUUUUGACAUUUGUUAAACUUUUUUUCAUUUUUUUUAUUCUUCACUAGAUAAUCCUCCAACAUCUUCCUCAAAUCUGCCAUUUGCUAUAUUUGAUGAAUCAUGUGAUAUGCAGCCUGGCACGUAAGUGGUAGCUUUAAUUCAUACAGCAUUUGCUGUGAAAUUAGAAAUUCAUACCAAUCCUAUUUGACAAUUCCUAGGAUAUUAUAAAAGUGGAUCAGUUUAUAUUGUAUUGAGAAUAUAGUUUAGCAAGUCUCCCUAUUCACCCAAUGCAGAGUUUACAGAAGCUGUUUGAUGCUGUCCUUACUUGUACAUUGUCAAGGCACACUAAAUGAGGUAUAUCUGAUCCUUUAUGUAAUAAGUUUCCAACUCUGAUUGCGGGGUAGACCUGAUAGACUUGAUUGGGCAAAAACACGAACUGGCAAAUAAUAUACAGUAACGCAUAGAUUGUCAGCUCUUUUGGCCUUAUUUGAAAUAAAUGAGAUGGAUUCAAAAUGGCUCUUAACUGAUGGAUGGUUUGUGGGUAUUUUUGUUUUUCUUUUAGAACUGGAAUCUGGUCUGAGCAGAAGGUACAACAAAAUCAGCACACCUCUAUAGGUAAGUUUAAAUAACUUUAUUUUAUUUUAUUUUAUUUUUUUAAUCCAACCAAUAAAUCCCCAGAACUAUCAUUUCUAUUACAAAUGCAAAGAGCUCAUGAUUUUAGUGGACACACCUGCAUCAUUAUAGUAAAUAUAGAUUCUGCACACUCUGUAUGGUCUUUUGGCAACAGCACCCUGUCUCUGCAAUAUUUUUUUAUUAAUCCUUGUGGAUUGUCGGCAUACGUUGAAUUAAUAACAUGUUGUUCUCCGUCUUUUACUAGACCUGUCUCAUACUUCGUCCUCUAAUGUGCCAUUUACGAUAUUCGAUGAAUCAUGUGAUCUACAGCUAAACUUGUAAGUGGAUGGAUUUAUUAAACCACACAGCAGUUGUUUAUGUGUAUAUAUAUAUAUAUAUAUAUAUAUAUAUAUAUAUAUAUAUAUAUAUAUAUAUAUAUAUAUAUAUAUAUAUAUAUAUAUAUAUAUAUAAAAAAUAGUGUUUUUAGACUAUCAUUCUUCUGGGUUCUCUGUUUAAAGUAACAAUAUAGCAUUAACCAUACAAGCAUACCUCCUUCUCCUUCAACAUUAGAUGUUGAAUGUCAGAUGACAGAGUCAAACUCUGUUCUCGCAGCAGAGCCGCCUCUAAUGUUGGCCAGAAAUGCAGCCACUAGAGGGUAAUCAAAACAUUGCUGCAUAUACUAAAUGUUUAUUGAAAUGAAAUGGGGUCUCUGUGCCUUUAGUGGUCCAAUAAAAGGACACACUCUGUAGGUCAUGUGACUGAAAAGCUAACAGAUGCAGUUAUCUAUAAAUUUAUGUCCAGAAAAUCUAUAGUCGAUGUAAAGAUUAAAAAACGUCUCCAAGGGGGUUGUUAUAAUAGAACAUGCCACAAAGGUACCAUGUUUACAGUUGUACAUUAAGCCUUGAUGGCAAAGGUCCCUACCAAAUAUUGAUGGCCUUGUCGCCUGUUUGCUCUAUCCCUUCAUGUGAAUUUUUUUGCUGUCCAUUUUGUAGUGGUACAGUUGGUACUCUAACCUCACCAUGAAUGCUCUAGUUGCAAGCCAAAUGAUUGCGUUUCUGGAGCCCAUUCUAUGUAAGCCUUCUAUAAAGCAAGCAUUCCAUGGCAGACUGCAAUUAGUCUUGCUGCUUCAAUCACAUUCCCUUUCCAUGUUCCCUCUCCACUUAAUGUUUCUGAGCCAGUAGAAUUUGGCAAAAUUUCAGUAGAUUAAUGUUAAAAUUUGACCACUUGGAAUCUUAGACUUCUUCAUGAGUUUCUGCAGUUGUGGUUUAUAGCACCCUCAUCACUGCCAUGUGAUAGAUUUUUGGAGGAUGUUGGUGAGCAGACCCUGGGCGUUUAAUCUACAGCCAAACCUUUUGAUUAAACCGCAUUUUCAUUACUGAACUUGGCAACACUGUCUGUCUGUGAUGGGAUACUCUCAGCACUAAAAAAAACAAAAACAAACACCUGUUGGCUUAAUGAAGUGGUUUUGGUUUAUAGAUCAUGUCACUGCUCAAUUCUCUGCCAUUUAGGAGUUAAAUAACUUUUUGUUUCUUUUUGUGUAACCUUAGCCACACCUGGUUUAAUGUUUCAAUCAGAUCUUACAGCACAGUGUGUUUACUUUAGAAUUUCUUAUAUUCUGCUGUUAAUUGAACUUCAAUCAUGCACAGGAGACUCUAGCAGACAAUUAACAGAGCAGGAGGUAAUAAAUUCUAAAUGAAACACACCAUGCAACAUUUAGGCUGUGUUUCAGGGAGUGUGUAGUAAGACUGCAUGGUUUUAGAUCAAACCAAGUGUUUGCUUGAGUAUCUGCCCCCCUCCAGAUUGCUUAAAAUAGAAUGCGUGCAGGCUGAAGUAAAUCACACUGACAGUUCAGAUAAAUGAAAAACUUCGGAAUGUUUAAUCAGGGGGGCGGCAGGCCCCUUAUAAAGGCAGAAAUACAUCAUAUGCAGAAAGCAAGAUAAUUGAGAGAAUACAUCUUUAAUUGGUCAAGUGUUAAGUGUCUUAUUUAAUGCACUUCCUCCAAAGUGUGAUGUCACCAUCAUCCUGGGUGCAGCUCUGGAUGGAGAAGCCAUCUUAAUACAUGACAUUCUUUGCAUUCUUUGGUCGAUGGGAGGGGGUGCUCUAGUAGCCAUUUUGAGUAAAUAAUGAAAACAGGAUGGGAGGAGGUGCUCUAGCAGCCAUUUUGAGUAAAUUAAUGAGCACACGCACAUACAGUAAAUUGUCAUUUUGCUAACAAUCAUUUCUAUCCAUAACUGCAUCACUACACACAGUAGUUAAAUUACUUUAAGUGACUAUCGCUGCCUAAACAAAGUCAUUUAAUUCCUGAAUGGCACAGAAUUGAGCCGUGAGACUGCAGGGGCAUGUUCUAUACAUCCAAACUGCUUCAAUAAGCUAAAGUUGUUUUAGUGCAUUCUGUGCCCCUUUUUAAACCUUGAACAGGCAGUAAUGGAGAAUAGAGGUCUUGCUUUUUGACUGACAGCAGCAAUGUAUAAUGACUAGAAAUAUAUGGCUAAAAGACGACAAAUCAUACAAAGCACAAACUCAUUUAUUUCAACUUCCUUUGCUUGAGCUGCCGCUUUAAAGGGAAAUCCAUCAAGCUGACUGCUGUGGGGAAAAUAUUUGCACAUUUAUUGUGCUGGCCAUUUUGAAGUAAAUCAUGUAAUGUGUUCUAUUAGCUUGUUUUAGUAGCACAGUGUAUACAUGUCAUUUUGUAUUUCCUCCCAAAGGGUACUUUGCAAUCCACAUGUGUCCCUAGCUCUCCUCCCCCCCCCAAAUGUUUAGUACUAUACUUCAGAAAUUCUAUAUUCUGUUCUCUUUUUUUUUUCCAGGUCAGCAAAGAACUUGAUGCCACCCCCAGUACGUCGUCCUCUUUCUGUUUCCAGGCCAAAAGCAUUCCAUGAACAUUCUCUGCUCAAAGUAAGAAAUUGUUCUGCUCACCAAGUCACUCUUUCUGCUCGAAUCACCACCUGUCAUUAAUCUACUUUAUCUGCCCCCGGUGCUUUCAGCCUAUCAAUGUCAUCUUGGCUGGAUGGAUACACACCGGUAAUGCAGAAUUGUUUUGCAUUAUCGUUGCAGACGAAGAUGGGUCAAGCUAGAGGCCUAGUCUUUCAGACUGCUCCAUAAUAGUCCAAUAACAGGGAAACCGGGCACAUUGAAUUAGAGCACCCUAGCUGAAGAGCUGUUGCGAUUUUUAUACAAGAGCAGUUUCAUUUAAUUUCUUGAGGUUUUUAAAUACAUAUGAAUCAGAGGCAUGCUGCUCUGACAUCAAACCUACCUAGAUUUCCUCCUCCGUGGAUGGAUUGAUUACUCAUAAACUAAACUUAAGGUGAACAGGGAAACAGCCUAGAGAAUGGCUGCUCGAACAAGCUCCCCCCUCACUCCCUAUGGCACACGACUGGCCAAUCUAUAUAGAUAUCGCUUGUAGUUAUGUCCGCUGUGGAAGGUACAUCUUACUCCCCACUGCAGCCAGACAGCUUUUCCAUCUUUACUUGUCUUCGACGACCAAAAAUGUGUAGCUCUUAUUCUAAUAUUUAAAUUUUUGUUUAUAAUUGCUAAUAUAUAUAUUUGUAUGUCUUUAUAUGGAGGGUCACUAUAGCAUUGGGUAUACAAACAUUUAUUCUUACGCUAUAUGGUUCCUUUAAUAAUCCAUGGAUGUGAAACAUUUUCCUUGUAUAUGGUUGCAUUGUUCUAUUUAAUAAAUAAUAUAACUUCUGGGUUUUUUAUUUUCUGCCUAAACAUGGUAUAUAUCUUGAAGAUAAAAUAACAACUGACAAGAUAGAUGUUUAUCAAAUCUUAGUGGGUUAUUGAUUAUUAAUUAAUGCAAAGGUAAUGCAUACUAUUGUUUAACUGUGCAGUCGCUAUGAAUUUUUCUAAAUGUACAAUGUUGUUAUUACUAUGUUGAUAUUUAAGCAUGGUAUGGAAUACGAUAUUUAUUUCAUGUUUGGUUGUUUGUUUGUUUUCUGAACUGCAAAAUUGUAUUUACUGAUAUCGUAAAAUAUUUUUAAAUCCUUAAUGAAAAUGAAACCGUGAAAAAGAAAAUGUAACUAGGUAAACUCGAAAAAUGGACACCACACCGCUACACCGCCAAAACACUGCCAUGCAUGAUCGAACAGUCUAAACCACGUAGUCAUAAGCCAACAAGGGGACUUGUCACCAAAAACAUUAGGAGGCCUGUCAGGACACACCCUAGACACAGCACUUGACACCACACAAGUGCUUCAAAGCAGAAAGAGAGACUGGGAGGUCAGGGAAUGGCGAGGCAGGACACGCCUACUUCCCGACCUUGGGGGGCCUGCAGAGGGGGGCACCGGUUGGGGUCACGGCUGGGACGCACUUUGGAGCCACCGGGAAUAGAGGGGACGGCAAAGGAGCGCCCGAGGUAUAGAAGCUAACCAGGGCCAGUACCAUGCUGGAAACAAGACACAAAGAGUUUUAAGUAAACUAUAUAAUUGUAAAAGUUGACGGAUGGCACAGAGACACUAAACCAAUAUACCCUGUCAUGUGUAAUGUAUGAAUGUACCCUAUAAACACAGCUGUGACUCAUAAACAAGUUUUGGCGUCUGCGCAAGCCUUAAUGUACCUGUCAUGAUGUCUGUCAUAAAAAAAUAAUAAUAAUAAUAAUAAAAAAAAAAUUUCAAUUGUGACAGCUGACAUUUAAUGUGGAUAAGUGCAAGAUAAUGCAUCUUGGAGGUAAAACCCAAGGGCAGGGUACAGAAUAUUUGAUAGAGUUCUAACCUUAACAUCUGAGGAAAGGGAUUUAGGGGUGAUUAUUUCUGAUGACUUAAAGGUAGGCAGACAAUGUAAUAGAGCAGCAGGAAAUGCUAGCAGAAUGCUUGGUUGUAUAGGGAGAGGUAUUAGCAGUAGAAAGAGGGAAGAGCUCAUGCCAUUGUACAGAACACUGGUGAGACCUCACUUGCAGUAUUGUACACAGUACUGGAGACCGUAUCGUCAGAAGGAUAUUGAUACCUUAGAGAGGGUUCAGAGAAGGGCUACUAAACUGGUUCAUGGAUUGCAGGAUAAAACUUACCAGGACAGGUUAAAGGAUCUUAACAUGUAUAGCUUGGCGGAAAGACGAGACAGGGUGGAUAUGAUAGAAACAUUUAAAUACAUAAAGGGAAUCAACACAGUAAAGGAGGAGACUAUAUUUAAAAGAAGAAAAACUACCACAACAAGAGGACAUAGUCUUAAAUUAAAGGUUUAAAAAUAAUAUCAGGAAGUAUUACUUUACUGAGAGGGUAGUUGAUGCAUGAAAUAGCCUUCCAGCUAAAGUGGUAGAGGUUAAAACAGUAAAGAAGUUUAAGCAUGCGUGGGAGAGGCAUAAGGCUAUCCUAACUAAUAAGAUAAGGCCAGAGACUAAUGAAAGUAUUUUAAAAAUUGGGCAGGCUAGAUAGGCCGAAUGGUUAUCUGCCAUCACGUUAUAUGUUUCUAUGUAACAUCAUUUUUGAUUCUGCAAUCUUCUUGUAUUAAAAGGAUGCAUUGUACGGCAUUGAGCCCUUAAAUGAGGAUGCCAUUGUGUGUGGUUCACACGAGAAUAAAUCUCUAAUCCCGGACCUGGAAGAUACCUGUGAAUUUGUACGAGCUGCUCAGCUGGCGUCGACUCCUUUCCACAAGCCCAGAGAUGAGUUCGAGCAGUCUGCACAGGACAGCACAUCAGACAUGGAAAGACUACCUCUAAGAGAGAAAACGCCUGUAUGUGAAGAGUCUUAUUUAAAGCAACACUGCAUAAAAAAACUUAGGUAUGUCCGCAAACCACCUUGAAUAGCUCAGGAUUGAUUGUAUGUGUUUGCGCACAGACUUACUGUCUUUGUGCAUAGUAUAUAAUUUUUAUUGGUCCCUUUUACAUAGUGAGAAUGCUGUUAAUUAGUUACGUGACUGCAUUUGUGAACAGUUAAACUGUUAUAUAUUUUCACUUCACUAAUGGUGUCUCAGCUUUUGUUUUUGAAGUUUAAAGCAAAUAAAAUAAAAAUAAAAAACUCAGCUGGACCCAAAGGAUGCCCAGAUAACUGCUCACCCUGACCAAAUUACAAUUACAGCGUAGAGCAUCAAAUACUUUUGAUUGGAGGAUGCGAUGACUUCACUGUGAAUAUCAUGAACAGUAUUUUUUAUUUUUAGCUCUUUGUGUCACUCCGCCAUUGGUAAUGAGUUUAAUUUUAUCAAGCCCUGCGUCGGGUGAAUAGUGUGGUUUUUAUAUUGUGCCCACAACAGACAGGUGACACUUUAACCUAAUGAAGGUGAAACUUCUCAGCUGUGACAUUGCCUGUCUCCUGUAGAUAUGCUGAACAUUUUUUAGGAUCUGUAGAAUAUCGCAUAUUCUAUGUUUCUAUUGAUUAUUCUUUAUGGAUGUCUGGAUUGACAUGAGUAACAGAUGGUAUUAAUAAAUCACAAGGCCUUCUUUGUAUGAGAACUCUGGAAUGUGAGUUGGAGGUCUUAUAUGGCUAGAGUUAUACUAUGACAUCAGUAUGGACACAUCUAUAUUAUAACUUAACAAAGGGACACGAGGUCUCGCGCUCUCUUGCUGUACAGCUAUGUAAAGAUGUAACUCUCCCUUCAGGAGUCCAGCAAUUACCAUCUGCUGUUGAACAUCCUUGAUCAUGUAACAUACUUUGUUGUUUUAUUAUGCAUCAGUAACUAAGAAUAAACCUGAAGAAUCCAUAAGUCAGAUUGCGUAUUAGUUCUUUUUAUUAAUGUGGCGAGCAUUUGACCCAAGACUAUAUAUACAAAAGACAUGAAUAUCAAUCAACUGGAAAAAGACACAGUAGAAACCAAAAAUAUUACAGAAUCAUCUGUUGGUUUUGUAGAAACUGGCGUCUGUUCUUCCUCUCUUUUUCUACAAAUUGUAUCCAGAAGUUGGCAUUCUAAAAACAUCUGCAUAAAUGUAAACAAUUAGUUUAUCUUCCGUACUGCCCCCUGUUUAACCACCAAACACAUUUGGUAAAAUUCUCAGUGGUUUUUAAAUCUGUGGUAUAGUCCUCAGACGGCUAGAAAUUAGAUGUCUAUCUCCUCCCAUGUAUUGUCUCACUGGCUUCGGUUUGGUGUAUUCCUUCUCUACAGUCCUAUUUUAGAAGCAAGCCAAGAAGACGCACGCACCUCAUUGUCCUCCGUCUCUUCUGUGUCUUCAUUCUCAAACGCUACCAGCACGUUCCAUUCCAAGAUGCAGCCAGUCCUGGAGAACUUUAACUCUGUUGCUCUGAUAACCGGGGUGUGUGAGCUCACACCAGGUAAGUUUCUCUGUGGGAAGAGCCACAUCUGUUGACUUUGACGGUAUAUUUUAAGCUUGGUAUAGUAAACACCCUGGAAGAUUGUUCCUUGCCUUGUAGCAAUAACACAGUCACGGUGUUAUAAGAAUACCAAUGAUUGAACACGUGUGAAUUUCCAAUGUAGCUAUCUGACAUGCCCUGUGAUAUGUUGAUUUAAUGAUACAAUAAUUUUGUUUUGUUAUAGAAGAUACUGUUUACCCUGUGGAGAUUGCAGAUCUGCACAUGCAGCUGUUGGAGCCAAUGUAUGAACUGCUGGCUUCCGCAGAGAUCCAGCACGGGGUUGAAAGUCUCCCAAUCAUGAAGGAUCUGGUAGAUGUGACUUUGGGUAUGAUAUUCAAAUUUUGUUAAACUUCAAAACUCUUAAUCAUGUAAUAAGGAUGGAUAUGUUUGCAAUUCCCUCCCCAGAAUGUCACUUUGGUUUUUUACUCAUAAAUACUGCAUAAGUAGAUAUUUGUCAUGGGGUAUUCACUGAGUUAAUGGGGAGGAAUGAUAAUGGUAGUGGAGUAGUGCUUGGAUGUCUUAUGUUGGGUAAAUAUUUGGAAAAUGUCUUAUCCACUCAAACAUUGAAUUUAUUCCUCAAAGUCUUGAUUGUUUUUGGUCUUUAAGAUUGGUUUUAAUCUGAUGGAAUGCAGCCCUUAAAGGUUGGGGUUCCUUUGGGACAUUUUACCUCUCUUUGAGAGGUUUGAAAACCUUUAUUUUGAUUGGCUUGAUGAGCAUUGCAAGGGAGUGAGCAUUCGUUCCUGACUUCCGCAGCCGAUGUGACUCUCAAACCUAUACUAUGAAAUUAAUCAGACAGGCAGCCAGUACAUAUUUUUCCCAUUUCAUCCAGAAAUGGGAGACUGAAAGGUGCCAUCACUAUUGGAAAGUGUGUUUCAACAUAUAUUAUGGGGGACUGUGCAAGCAGGGGGAAAGCAUGGAACAGAUGACAGUACAGAGUAGGCACAGUAUAGAGUGGGAGAAGCGAUAUUUACCAACUGAGGGGAUAGAUGAAGAGUCCAUGGGGCUGAGGAACCAGACUAAGAAAAUGGGACUCAAACUAUUGGCAUGUUGGGGCUCCAAAAAUUUACUGAUGUUAGAAUGAGGAAGUCUUACUGGUAUACAGAUAGGACUAUAUUUUUGUCCUGGUGGAAAAAAAAACUUUCCUGUAGCAAAGAAUGACCAGUCUUCAAAGACUCUGUUACAGCAAUAACUUAUUUUCUUUCAAUCUGAGGACUUUUGUAGAGCUGGUGUCUGCUAUAUUUAUUAACAGGUGAUGAAACUUUGAGUCUGAAGCGUGAAAUUCCACUGGGAGAGAAGACUAAGCUGUAUAUAGGAUACCCAGCAGGUUUCGAUAGUUGUGGUAUAAAGGUCGCAUUAAAGGUAUGUUUGUGAAUGUUAAGUUCCUGUCUUUUUAAAAAUAUCAAGCUGAUAUUAACUCUCUAUUCUCAUUAUUCAUUAAAGUGUGACUUGUCAGGAACAAAAGCUAAUAACUUGGCUAACGUGGACACGUUUUUUUCUAGUUUGGUUAUUUUUUAACCAAAAACGUGAAAUACAUUAUUCAUUUCCGAUGGUUUGUUUACUCCAAGCACUAUGACACUUGAGUAAUUUUAAGUAGUCAUGGUGUAUGGAAUCUGUGUGUUCAGCAUUUCGUUCUGAAAUGCUGCACGUACAGAGGUUAACCCCUAACCUGCUGAAGGUAUAUUUCCAUCUCCAGUAGCUUCAUUAGUUAACCUAGAACAAUCAAUUCUGUGAAAAAUUAGCAUCUGACGCGAUCACUCACAGCAUGCCCCCAUUCUACCUUGUGCCCCCCUGUCUGUCCUUCCUCCUCCUCCGAUGAAGUUUUGGGAGGGGGGGAGGCAGACCACCAAAGAAAAAGUUGCUCUAACCCAAACCUGUCUGUUUGGAAUCCACACCUGCUACCAUUGUUAAAAUAUUUUCUUUGUAAGCAUAGUUUAAAAUAAACGGAUAGAUGAACACAUGCAAUAUUUCAACAUAAAUAUUCUAGUGAUUUGACUCAAAAACUAGUAAUUCAAAAAAGUAAGCCAGAUCACUUGCAUGUAAGCCUCAGUGAUUCCUUAACUGCCAAAAUCUGUGCCCUGCAAUCUAGCUGUUCCAACUGAAUUCAUGCUCCCAGUCACAGCAUUUGACCUACAAAUUUAUAAGAAAAAGUCAAAAUUCAUGGACUUAGAUUCCUAUAUUAAAAGGCAGAUCAACCUGGCAAUUUGUUAAUCAGCUCAGUUUUACUGCACCAAAUAUUUCCUGUGGGUAACUUGACUGGUGAUCACAUGGCAUUACAAAAGGCAGACAGACUGAACAUGCGUUACAUCCAGUUGCCUAUCCAUGUGUAGCAAAGGAUUUUAUUUUGAGGACACAGAAUACAUCGUGCAGCUAUAAACUCGUCUGACAUUCAAGGACAUGACAACGCUAGCAAAUAAAGUGUACAUUUACAGAUUGUAGCAUUCAAUGUUUCUUUUACUAAACUGAUUUUGUUCCGGUAUUUGCUUUGGCCCACGAUUGGCAUGGUAUAACAUGCAGAUGGCACCAAAUAAUUGCAAAUUGUUCCUUGUCUUUCACUUUUUACCCUCUGGCCUCUGUUUAGCUUAAUUUUUUCAAUUUUUUUGUGAUGCAAAUCUUAUAUGGAAUUGAUUGAUUUUGUGACUAUUAACAGAAUAUUCUGUUUUGUGUAGGUGGAGUACCAGCCAGUACCCUGGGAUUUCUACAUCCUAUUGCAGCUGAAGGAGCGACUUGGAGAAUGUUUUGAGUCCUAUUUUCUUGAGCAGAGUAACUGCUACUUAUUUAAGGACGGAUGUAUAAUGCUCUACAGAAAUAUAAACUGCUUCAGCGUUGAGGUGAGAAGCCACAAAACACUCAUGGAUACAUAUCUUUAUCCAGACAUACAUGCUCACUCUUUCAGCGUUGAAACAUAUAUCCAUGGUUCUUAUUUUAUUGGAGUUGAGCAAACAGAAGUAGGUUCAAAAAUUGUGAAAUGCGUCCACCCAAGAUGCCGACACAACUGCAAAUAGAACCAUGAUUUGAGAACAAUGCCAAACUUUGAGCAUCAAAGGAAAUUAACUCAUAAAUCUGAAAUAUAAAUUGAUUAUGAGCGAGAAUUUUACUAUUAAAGAGGCACUUUGCAUUAACUGUAGUGGGAUGGUUUGUGGGCAUAAAAUAGGACUCUGAGCACCUUUAGCCCAGUCCCUCUGCUUAGACUUGGCCAAUGCUGAAGUGGAUGUCUGAUGUUGCAUUCUGAUAGCACUGCAUAGACCGGAUUGACUUGCUUGAAAGUAUUCUAAACCUUGAUAAAUUAGCAGAAUAUUUUUUGCUUGGGCUGGAUACCUAUUCUUACUUGUCUCGUAAUUUGCAGACAUACCGUAUUUCACCGCAUAAUGUUUGCAGAUCGUAUGCCUAAUUCCUUUCCUUAAAAAUGGGGGUCAGGAUCCUUAUGUAUUAUAUGAAGCUUUAUUUUUUGCGAUGUUAUAUAUGCAAAGGUUUUUUGUUUUGUUUUUUUUUUUGUUUUUUUUUAACACUUGCUGAUAUGAUGGUUGCUAAUAAUAUAAAAUAGCAUAUUUUCUAAUGUAUUACGUAAAUCCUGAUCCCUGUCCUCUUAUCGUUUCUUAAAGGACCACUCUAGGCACCCAGACCACUUCAGCUUAAUGAAGUGGUCUGGGUGCCAGGUCCCUCUAGGAUAAACCCUUUUUUUUUUUUUUAAUAAACAUAGCCGUUUAUAAAUGGGUUAAUCCAGCCUCUAAAGCCUCUAGUGGCUGUCUCAUUGACAGCCGCUAGAGGCGUUUGAAAAUCACAGUGAGAAGACUCCAGCGUCCAUAGGAAAGCAUUAUGAAUGCUUUCCUAUGAGACUGGCUGAAUGCGCGCCCAGCUCCUGCCGCGCAUGCGCAUUCAGCCAAAGAGGAGGAUUGGAGGUGGAGAGGAGGAGGAGAGCUCCCCGCCUGGCGCUGGAAAAAAGGGAAGUUUAACCCCUUUCCUUGCCAUCCAGCCCGGCGGGAGUGGGACCCUGAGGGUGGGGGCACCCUCAGGGCACUAUAGUGCCAGGAAAACGAGUAUGUUUUCCUGGCACUAUAGUGGUCCUUUAAAGCAUUACAUAGAUAAAAUGCACUACAAUACAAUAAACUGAUGGAUAAUAAACCCUCUCUUCAGUAUAAGAUCAGUGGGAUGUUCGCCAUCCGUUUUUAAGAUUACGAAUGUCUCAACAAAAACAACAAUGGUCAAUUAUGCGACUACUACGUGAUUAAUUUCAUUUGAAUUAUUUGGUUGAAAAAUCAGGGUGCGACUAUUAUGCGGUGAAAUGCGGUACUUUUCUCAUACGUUUUUUUUAUUUAUUUUUUCCUUGGAAAACAGCUUUAGAAAAAUGCACUCUUCCAUUUAUUACAACAUAUUCUGUACAUCUCAAAUCCCUAAUGCACAAUUACAUUUUUUAUUUCCCAUGGACUAUGCAGUUUACCAAUUGGAUUCUAAUUUUCCAGCCCAUUUACAUGUUUUUUGUGUUCUGUUGUGUUUAAGCAUUCCUUCCUUCAAUCUUUUUCAUUCAGAGUAUUCUACAGGAUCCAGAGGAAGACACAGAUGAAAUGAUUUUAUUAAUUGCUUACAACUUACUGGAUCUGGUAGAGAAACUUCACAACGUGGAGAUUGUGCACGGGGAUCUGAGACCAGAGACUCUGCUGUUGGAUGACCGGUGAGCUGCCCAAUUAUUUUGCUGCUUUUAAGCAAUAUAUACAUAUUACAUUUGCCUUUUUUGCAUCAAUUCCUAAACCUACCCAAAAAUUCCUAAAUCUUUCAUUCUGAGUAACUGAUUCUUUUAAUUUAGAUUGGGGGGAGGUAGGGUGUUUUUUUUUUUGUUUUUUUUUUCCUCUCAAAGCACUACUGUCAAUGUGAGGUGAGGUCUAAUGAUGAUGUCGAAGGUGAGGACUAAUGAUUUCAAUAUAUUUUUACUUUGAGAAGCAUCUUCAGCAUGUCGUCUGACACAGAGAUGACUGGAUUGUUGAAGUUAAUAGACUUUUCCAGUAGUAUGGACCUUCGAUUGUGUCCCACGAUGAAUUUACAUGGUUUUCCAGUAGCUCAGACCAAGCACGGACAGCAAUAUCUUGCUCAUCGGACUUCUCCUUAUCAGGUAAAUUAAAAAUGUAUCAUGAGCACCAAGGUAACUGAUAUGAAAAGUCAUUUGUCUGUUUAUUUUUGGUUAAUAUCCAUCCACUCUUGUUUGUUAUAUAAAUAUUACUGAAUAAGGUACCAUUAGCGUAGCGCCUGCUUAAUGUACAUAUUCUGAAGCCUCAAAAGACUGAUCACACUUUGUUUAUUUUCUUUUGAAUUAAGGAUCAGGAGGUUGUAAAUGUUCCAUAUUCUUUCUAUAAAGUCUUUCUUACUACAUUGUGUCUGUUUUCUUGGUCUCCCUAACCCCCUCCCCAAACAAGCACAGCAACCAUACGUGUAAUUUUAGUUUUUGUUUUUUAAAUUGUUUUUUAUUUUUUUUUUAUUUUUACAAUAUGUAGUUGUACAAAAGUAAAGAAUGUAAUUCAUUGUGUCCUUAUCAUUUUUCUACUGCCCUCAGGUGGACAUUUUUGGUAUUGCAGAUUUGGUGCACUUUAUGAUUUUCAGGAAACCAUUGCAGUUGCACCAGGAAAAUUCAACCUGGAAAAUCAUGGAAUCCAUUCCCUGCAGGUGAGUAGUACUACUACACCCGCACAAACCCAGGUCAGCAAGUAUCAAGUGGUUCUCAACCAGUGAAGGCACACGAUCGCCAUCCUGCUGAUGCAACUCUGCAGAAGCUGGAUGUUGAUGAGCCUGCUGCAGAGGGGACCCAGGUAAGUAGGCAAACAGUUGCAAAAUGGCUUGCCCCAUUACCAAGGAUACUGCUGGCAUAAUAACCACUACUGCAGCCUAUAGUGGUUAUGGUGCUUGGAGUAACCAUUCUAUAGCUGCAGGUACACCAAAAGCACAGAUAAAUGUGAGCAUUAUAUAUCUUACAGUCCUAUUAGAACACCCACCCACCAUGAAUUCUUAACCCCUUAAGGACCAAACUUCUGGAAUAAAAGGGAAUUAUAACACGUCACACAUGUCAUGUGUCCUUAAGGGGUUAAAUGAAAUUGUUUAUUCUCUGUUUGUCACGUAGUGUGAUCAGCUCACUGCUCAAUUCUGAGAUUCAGCACUAUUGUUUGGCUACAAAAUGUGAACAUGCUGGCUCCCUUUAUGCCUAAUCCAGAAAGGAGUAUGCGGUAGAGUAGAUUGAUCAAAGGUAGAUCCUCAGCUAUUAAAACCUCGUGUUCACCAGCUGGGUAUCUUCAUUUGGCCACCCCUGCCUUCUAGACUCUCUUUAGCAAUGUACAGGAAAAUUCCCAAACAUAGUGAUUUCAUAUGGUCUUACUUCUCCACACAUUACAUUAAGCCGAACACCAAUGAAGUAGAUCAAAGAAAGAUUAACAGUAACAUUCAAGAUUCUUGCUUUUGUCGUAAAUAUCAAGGGUUUGCAGCUUCCUCCAGUGAGUUCUUGCUAGACUACAAUAUAAAUGACACUUCUCAGCUAAUACUAGAAAUCUGUUUCAAUUGGAAGCAAAGCUUAUACCAUACACCUUUGUUCAGCUCAUUGCAGCUGUUGCAUUCAUUGGAAAACAUUGAUAGACCUGCUGCGCAGUGGCUGCUCCAUCUCUCCAAUAGUUCUAGGCUAUGUGGUUGUUGCUGGUAUUCAUUGUGUUACUGUGCUUUGUGGUCUCUUUUAGAUGUUCAUACAGAAAAUACUGGGAUACAUUCUUUGCAAUGAUUCUAAACCAAGACGAACCCACAGCAAGCUUGCUAAUGGAUCUGAAAGAGGAAAUAACAAAAUUAUUUGAUGGAUGUUUUGAAAAGAAGAUUUCCAAUUAUUUGUCCAAGUUGAUAAUGUGUCUCGAUUCUGAUGAGUAA